AUUUAAUAUCAUCGAGAUACUGUCAGACCACGUCUCUACGGCCAUCAUGAACGAUGGCAUUAACAGAAACAAGAACAGCGUGCAUGUCGAACUUCGUUGAUAAUGAUAACGCAAAGAUGAAGAUGCAUUUGUUUGGAAAGAGAUGUAGUCCGUCCUCAUUUAUCGUCAUCAAGGAAAAACAAGCUCAUGUUGGAAAGUUCCAAUGCAACCGCCGUACGAUCUGCAGGACCUCUCAUCAUAGGUCUUUUCCAAUUUUUCGAUCCUUGUACGCUUCAGAUCAUCUUCUUCCACCUCUAUUGAAUUGUGAUGAAGAACAAUGUUGUACCCAGAUCAUUCCUUAUGCUUACGAUAAACAAAGUAUGGCAGUCACAAGCAAUGUAUUAUAGUUUUCCAGAAGACGUGAAGCUUGAAAUUGAGGAUAUUAUUGUUAGCUUACUUCUGUAGUUUGAAAAAUUUGACCUCAGUCAUUUCCAUAUCAAGCUAACAUACGGCAUUGCAUGUGAGUGCGCACUAUAAAUGAAAAUCGGCAGUGUGAGCAUGUUGCAUGGAUAGACAUGAACUCUUAAUAUUUGAGACUAGCAACGAACUUCUCUGUGUCUUGUUCCCACCUAUGAGUCUUUGUCUUUCCUAAUCUAGCUAGCAACUGUGAAGAUACACGUCAUUCUAAAGCUUGAGGGGAGCUUCGCAGCUCUUCGGGCUAACCUUUUCCUCUCUUCAUUCCUAGUACACUCUAUCUCGCUCCUCACCCUCCUGAAAACCAUUUUGCUACUACACACCUCCUACCUUGUCAGUAGAUACUUCUGUGAUUUGUGCUGGUGCGUCAUAGUAUCUAAUAGUAUCUAUCCCUUUUUCUUUGCUCUUUGUCAUUCAUUCACAUCAUAUAUCCAUUUGUUCUUGUCACCUCCCAUCCAUAUUUGCAAGUGUUUUAAGUGAUCAAGAAAAUGUCGGGCGAAAUUCGUUUCGAUGGGUUUGAGGGCGAAUUGCUCGACCUAAAUGGUGCUUACGUGCGUGCUCCCGGUGUCAAUCAUGGGAAACCGACGUUCAAAAAAAUCGACUCCGGAAACCAGAGUGUACGUCUUAAUUUCCGAAUUUACGAUGUAGUUGUAUAAAUAUUAGAAAAAACGCCUCUUGAUUGUAAAAAUGGAGCUUUUGAAUCAAUCUAGAAGUACUGUCAAUGUUUUAGAGUGUCAGUCGUUUCAACCUACCCCUCCUCGGGGUCUCCAAGUGAACAGAUGUGACCCACAAUAAAAAUAUAUAGGUCAUGAUCUACUACUGGGAUGAGCGUGAUGGUGUGCAGCUUCGUGGUUGGUGGGUUGCUCCAGAGGUUGGUGGUAGCAAUGUGUGGGCUAUGUCUACCGCGACGUCGAACAUGCCUCCGCACAGUGGAUGGCGUGUUCCCUGGCACGGGGAUGUCAACAAAAAGGUAACACUCUCCAAGGUGAUGGGCGGCGGUGACCCCUCCAAGCGUCCGGCAACAGACCCGUGGGGCACGCAGCAAGCCAACAACAAGUUCGCGAAAACCGCUACUGGCGCGGCGGUACCUGGUGCUCCAGGUAACACACCCGUCGUUUUUGUUGCAUAGGAUAAGGAUUUCGUCAUUAUAAUAGACAAAGUAGUCAUUGUGAAGCGACACAAGAUGAAGUUGUGUUUCAAAUAGAUCCCAAAGCAAGUGGUCCAUGCUUUGUACACUACAGCAAAAACCAAAAACAAAAUGAAAACUCUGUAGGUGCAAACAACCCGAAUAAUACACCUCUCGGGCAAACGCAGCAAUGGAAUAGCGGACAGCAGCAGCAGCAGCCGGCAGGACAAUAUGGUGCCUGGAACGCACCAGGAGGAUACGGUGGCGGCCAACAGGCUGGCGGCUUCCAAGCGACAGCUUACGGAAAUAAAGGCGGAGCCAAGCCAGGUGCUGCCGGAACCGGGAGCCUUGCGGAAAUUGAGCAACAGCGACGUAAUGAAAGAAUUUAUGCUUGAUACGUGACGAGAGUUUAUGACGUGACUACAGUUUAUUGUCCAGUGGCAUAUCGCGCAUCAUAAGAACAUCAUCAUAAGUAUUCUGUACUUACCAGUGGUUGAUGUUUUCCUCCUUGUCCUUCUCGACAACUGAUUGUUAUCAGCUAUAAAAAAUACAGGUGAUAACGAACUGAAGCGUCUUGAACAGGAAGAAAAGCGUAAGCAAGUGAUGGAACAGACGCGACAGGAACGUAAGCUAAGCGAAUCCGUCAAUGGAUCCGUACUCGCUGCAUCGAAUGCCGAGAGGAGUUUUAUCCGGUAUAGAAGAAAGAAAAAACAAUUACAGUGCUAUUGUUCUAUAGAAGUCAACUCUUUUUUGUCUAGGGUCAAGCUGAUCACAAUGACAAAGCUAUUCCAACAAAGAAAUGCAGAUACAUAGAAAGGUUUUCCUUAUAACAACGACAGUCCUUAUUCUACCAUGAAUUUGAGCAACAUCAUCAACACUUCUCAGAGGUUCAGGAAAUAUUCACUAUCAUUGUCACCUUUUUUCAGGGUUAAGGACUCGCAAGCCGCAGCCCAACUGUUUGCAAUGGAGGUUGUCAAGCCACAGGACUUAGCGCGUUUCUCUGCCGAAGUUGAGAAGGGCUUAAAAGCUGCUCAGUGCAGUUUGAAUUCUGCUCAAACAUUGCACUCCCGAAAAAUGGAAGAACUAGAACAGAGCCAACUGGUACUUUUAGCAGUUGUCUACUUUGAUAGGCUGAGCUAAUAAAUUGCUGGAGUUUGUCAUGGUUUUUCAGAGAGGUAGGACCUUGUUUUUAUGCUCAGUACUUCGUUUCGCUCUUUGGGUAAUCAGCUGACCCAAUAUCUCAAUAUAAUCUUCGAAUACAACUCGCAAUUACAGCUGAACUCCAAGACCGUCGAGUCUUUGCGACAACAGCUGACUGAAGCAAAGGGAAAGCUGGAUGCCGCAACGUUGGAAACUAGGGAAUUUUCAGAACGCGUCAGCAACAGACAAAAGGAGCUCUGGAGCAAAUUGGUCGGCGACAUCGUUGAAAAGAGCCAGAAAGAUAUGAGUACGCAUACCUUUAUACAAGUUCCUUCCAUUCUACGAACUAUGUAUUCCUUGGCUAUUCUUUUUCUAUUGAACUACUUUAAUUGCAAGCUGCUAGCUCCUAAAAAGUUGUAGUUUUUUGAUGAUUCAAAAAUUCUCGAUCACUCUUUUUGUUUUCCAACAAGCAACCACUUACUCACAAGUCUUAAAAACAAACCUACACAGGCGAAGCUGAUGCUGCGGUUGAGGCUUUGAAAGAUCAGAGCGCUUUGUUGUCAUCAGAGAUCGCGGAGCAUCUUUCCCCAGCUGAGGCUAUUGACGCGGCAGACACCAGCCACGAGGCCGCGGUUGCCGCCGAAAGUAAGAUUGUAGAGGGUCGCGACAAUAUGCACCGCCGUCGUACAGAAGUGAUGACCGCCAUCAACUUCUUCCGCCAGAGCGCACAAGUCAUGGGCACAGCUGGUACUAUCAAUUAAGUAUCACUAAUAGUGAUAUUCGCGUUUUCAAUCUCCCGUAAGUCGUGGCUUACUGUUCACCACGUUUUCAGACCUGGACAUCUUAUCUCUUCUAGUCUUUGAUAAGCUCUACAAGGUGGCAAAAAGCAAUUCCCUGAAAUAUCUGGCCUUUACUUUUUUCGUUCUACCAAAAUGAUUUUUCAACUACCGAAAACCAGAUUCGCCAGCAGCAGAGGACCCUUUGAAUCUUGCUGGAAAGAAGAAGGCUGUUGAGGAAUUUCUUCAGAAAUUCCCGCUUUUGCUAACCGAAGUCACCAAGAUUCGCAAUCUCGCCGUUCACAUUGGCAAUCGUGCACGACAGGCGGAGGCACUCAGGUACGAGCGAAUCUUUUAUUCUCAUGAUGUUUAAUCUAUCAUACUACUUGAAGUGAUUAUGAUACAGAAUAUAUUAAUUUAGAUGCAAAUGCAUAAUCAUCAUGAUAAUGUUUGUCUCAACGUUAAGUGAAAUUCAUUUGUCGAGGGUGCAUCUGCAUUCAUCGCUAUUCGUUUUUUUCAUCUUUUUUCUCUCAGGAAGAAGCAAGAGCAGAAGGAAGCUCUGAAGCGCAAGAACGAGCGCCGCGCAAAAUGGAACAAGCAGCUGAUUCAGGACUUGGGUUGCGAGGUCACUUUGUGCGUAGACUCACUUCACCGUACCGAAGAGCUUAAGCAAAAAUUGAAGGCGUUGACGGAAGAGCAAAAGGACGAAACUGCAAUCGCUGACGACCAGGCAGCCGCAAAGGAGCAGGUCGGAAAGGAAAUCGAGAAAGAAUUCGAGUCGCUGAAGCUCCACUUGGAACAAGCGAAGCGCACUUUCGAGGACUUCGUCGCGAAAAAAGACAUGAUCACGCAAACGGGACAGGAGAUUGAGCGCUGGGGACAGCGAAUUGAAGAGUUGGAGGCGAUUCUGAAGCGGGAAAUCGGCACUGGCAUCAAAAAGGCAGAUGUGGUUGCGGAAGUCCCGGGAUCUUUGAUGGUUGCCGGACUGUUAAUCAAAUAUCUCGAAGAUGAGCAGAAAAACGGAGAUCAGCUCUGGAAAGAAAUCAUCUCCAUCAAAGGCGGAGGCAGUGGAGACCUGGCAAAUAAGGUAUAGAUAAAACAGACCUUCAAAUUCAAUUGUCUGGCUUUCCUUACACGGGUAUAAGGUUUAGUUUUAAAAAAUCGCUGUAGUGGACAACUUUACUGAUAGAGAUACUGAACGUUCUUCUACAGGCCUCGUGGUACAAAUUUCUGGAGUGGACGAAGCGUCACGGUGAAUACUUUGGAGAGAAAGAUCUCGACAAGCACUUGCAUGUCGACUUGCCGCCACCCACUUCGACCGGCAUCAACGAGAAGAGCCGCCUUGCGGUCCUCCAGUCGCAUCUGAAGGAUGCUUUUGAGGAACUGGAUUUGCCUCUUGGACCGGCCGGCACUGCGAAGCGCAGCGGCUUCGUGGAGGAGCAAGCUUUUUCCACAGUGUACCGCAAGUUCUUUGUCUAUGACCGACAGCAGUUGUGCCCUCUGGUCGAGCAAAAAAUCACGGUCAAAGCUGGCGCCAGCAACCCUCCAGGUGUCCGCAAAGAUGGCCUCAUCGAGGAGCUCUGCAUCACACCGGAACUCGAAGAUGAAGACGACAGCUCUAAGUUUCCUGUUCUCGAAGACAGAACGGUGAUCGAGAUGUUCGGUCCGUUGAGCUACGCGUCCGGAGACGAGAAGAGCCGUGUCAGAAUGAAGGUAAGCUAUGCACACGGAAAUAUCUUGAUGUUGCACUCGCACCUCCACUUGCAUCUUUUAUGUAUGCAGCGAAUAUUACAGAAGAACAAGGUUCUUUGACGAGAUAGGAAACGAAUCACAGCUUGCUUCAUCCACUUGUCUUUUUAUUUCCAUUUUUCUUUGUCCAAAGGAAGACAAGCAUGCGCAUGCUCUUCCCACAUUCAUUACACAGGUUAAGCUCAUCGAUGGCAACGGAAUUGAGCAGAUCGGUUUUAUCACCUACUGGGCCCACGGCCGUGCCCAAGUGCAGGAGCUCACAACCAUGCAGUGCGUUAGUGAGACUGUGAUGACAACUGGCGCUGAAUUGAAGAACAUCAAAACGGUGCGACGUGCCAAGCGUGAAGAGUUCUUCCGUAUUUUGGACAUCUCCCCAGUAAACACGCGACCCAUGAUCCGUAUUUUCGUGCAGGCAUUGUCCGAUCAAAAGCGGGGCUACGUUACCGUUAGUAACGCAACCAACUACUACAUGAAGCCGAUGGCGGUCCCACGACCGCAGUCGGAGACCGAGGCCGCCAAGGCUGUGCCAGCGAUCGGCGCUGUGCGCGUCAGCAUGUACGAAGCCGUUUCCGUGUUGCACGACAAGGAGUGGCGAUCAGCGUUCUUGGUCGAGCGUGGCAAAGUCCCCAACAAGGUGAAUAUUGCUUGGGAAAGCGAUGAAACCUUGUCUGAAGUCGAUAUCGACACCGUGCGAGCGUCGUAUGACCAGAAGAAGAAGAUCACCCUGUCCAUCGUCACCAAAGAAACGCUGCAGAAGCUUGCCAAGGAGCACUUCCUGAGCAUCUUGAAGCAAGUGUCCGUUCCCGAAGUGCCGCCAGAGGGCAUUAGCGAGGAGGAGAUGCACGCAGCCUGCAUUGAGGCGAUGGAGAAGUCCUACCGUGCGCAGAAGCUGCUUGACCUUUGCAAAUCCUACCUAGCGAAGCGGGAAAUCCGGUUUCUACUCUUGGGAGAUCCCUCAGUCUUUAAAGAGCCGAUCGAGGAAUUCAACGUGCAGCAAGAGAAGUGCAACAAUGUGCGCCUUAGCAGUCGCAGAGCGAAAGAGUCAGUCGAAAAGAUUCUCAUGGAGAUGAAGGAGGCAGAGAUCAAACAGGUACUUGUUGUCACUCAGCAGGCUUUUGCUCUUUGAUCAACAUCUUGAAGAUGCAGCGGUUCGUUUUAGCGUGUGUGUGAGAUCUUCCAAAGAUGCUGAGGAGGAACCGUGUUACAAUUCUAACAGGAACUUCCAUGAUCAUGAAGACCUUUAUGAGAAGGUCACCAGGAUUUUCAUCUGUAAGAUGAUGAGCAAUUAGGUUUCUAAGUCAGUAUGUUCCUGCAUCCAAAAAAACAGCAAAUCGAGGAGGAAAACCGAAGACAUGAGGAGGAAGAGCAGGCCUUGAUGUCUGAGGCAGAGCGACUGAUGGCAGCCGCACGUGUCUUCGCCAAGUCUUUGGAAGAGAAGCUCAACGCCGCUGAGGAAUCAGCGCCUGGAACGACUGUUCCCACUGAGGACCCAGCCGACGUCAAAGACUGGGACGCAAUAAUUGGCGACAUCAAGCAUGCACUCGGCGAAGCGCAACAGAAAGCGACUGACUGCGAGGCUUACCUCAACAAAAUUAGGGCAGCAAACCCAAGGCUCACAAGCAAAAUUCAGGUACUCACUGCAUUCUGGAUUUCUUUUUCCAUCAUUAAUCCUAGGUUAGUCCCUCCAUCCACUGUGCCUACUAAUAAGUAGAUUGAUUUCGCCUAUUAUAGGACUACGCAGCACUUACGACUGAUGCUCAAUAAUGUAGCGUUUAUGCUCAAUAAUGCAUUUUGUUUUUGAUUGCAAUCACCAGAGCUGCAGUUCGUUUCUUUCAGGCCAAAAACAUCCACCUUCACAUCAUCAACCAGCCUUUGCUUGCGGACAUCGCGAAUAUGAUGACAUUUGACGGUAUCCCUGCUCUAGACCGCGUCGAGAGCACGAAGAAGAAAGCCGUAGCCUUUGUCUUCGAGAAAUACCAACAGGGUAUCUUCGAUUACCUGCAAACCUGCGGGCAGACUGCUGAUACUUUGUUCGACCAGCUUAUCGCAGACCAACAGCCAGCAGAUUCCAGCGAGGACGACCCAAUGGACGGCUCAAAGCCAGUACUCCGACCAGAAACCCUGAAGAAGAAAUUUCCAACCUCAUUCGACCUCUGCGCCAUGUCAAAAGAGCAAUUUGAACUAUUCUGCGGUUGCUACUACCUGCUGCGAAAGGACGCUAUCGUCAUCACUACGGCAGCAAGCAUCCGCGAAGGAAAACUUCUCACGAAGCUUCCGCAGUGGACAAUAGUACUCACCUACUCACACUUUUCUAGUCGUUGAUGAGCACCGUAGCUUUAGCCACGAUUAACAACCUCCAGAUAUCUAUAAAUAUACUUAUAAGUUCUUGACAUGAAGAUUGUGUAUGUGCAUCGCGACCUACUUUUCGCUUCGCAUGAAGAGAAAACUUUUCGGUCCCUUAGACCUCGUUUCGGGGUUUCAAUGAGGGUGGCAGUUCGUCUGCCAAAGACCAAUGCCAGGUAAUCUGAGAAACGAAAGAUAGAAUAGAAUUAGGACAUUUAAUUAUGCUUAGAGCAGCCCCUUCACCUUCUAUGAAAGUCGUGGUGAAAGACAUGUUCUCUUACGACUAUGUAGUCUGUUCUCUUAAUACUGGUACUAACUAAAUUUACCUGCAAUUUUGCUUUGAACAACUCAAACUCUUUAAUUGAGGUACAAAUGUUGGGUGAUGCUGUAGUUGAUCCGGAUACUGAGAACGUGCGACGAAAAGGGAAAGUUUUCACUCUUCCAUACAGAGAAGACCCCAAUGCGGAGAACACAGCGGAGGGAACUCCUGCCGUCAGUAGCGCCAGCGAGGCCGCGGACGGCGAGAAGCUGCCGACAGUGUCCGGUGAGGGCUACGAAGGCUACCUCACUGUUUUCGAUAGGAAUACGCUAGAAGCUAACUUGAACGCCUACGGGAUUUCAGGCUUGACUUCACCGGUGACAGUCGUCAAGGACACGGUUCUUACCGACUUGCCAAGCUUCUCUACCUCCGGUGGAGACGGCGCCAGCAAAUUCAAGGUGAUUCGUCGGGUACGCGCGGGAGAAAGUAUGGAGCUCAUGGGGUUGCCGCAACUGCAGCCCCCGCACAUGCUCCGGGCGCCGGUAAGGGCUGUCAGCGACGGGAAAGAGGGAUGGCUCACUCUCUACGAUCACAGCUGGAAGAACAGCUUUGUCGAGCUUUAG